AUGAGCUUCGGCGCUCCCGGAGGCGGAGCGACCAAUAUCAAGCCCACUCCGCCCGAGCGCGGUAGCUUUCCUCUUGACCACGACGGAGAAUGCAAGCACAUCAUCGCGGGCUACCUGAAAUGCAUCAAGUCCAACAAAGGCACCAAUGACGAGGCGUGUCGCAAAUUGGCUAAGGAUUACCUUGCCUGCCGCAUGGACAAAAACUUGAUGGCCCCGGAUGAUUUCAAGAAUCUCGGUCUGGUGUUUGACAAGCAGAAUGGGACCGAGUCGACAGGGAAAAAGGACUGA